AUGGGGCUGCAUUCGGCCCAGAAGAAGCACUUCCCCCUGCGGGGGAUCGAAGGAGUGGUCCAGUUGUUUGAUGCUGAGCUCCGAAAACCCGAACCAGACCUGGCACUUCUUUCCCUUGUCUUGGGAUUUGUUGAGCAUUUCCUGGCUGUGAAUCGGGUCAUCCCCAUAAACGUUCCCGGGGUCAGGUUUGAGCCACUUGAGCCAGACUGUCCCAACUCGUGCUUCCCUACAGUGGAGCUGGGAAUGAUCUCUGCACUGCAUGAGCGCUUCACGGCCCAGAUCCGUGGUGCAGUGGAUCUGUCCCAGUACCGGCGGACUGCUGGAGGGUCCAGUAGGGAACUUGUGAAGAAAGUGUCAGAUGUCAUCUGGAACAGCCUGAGCCGCUCUUACUUCAAGGACCGCGCCCACAUCCAGUCUCUCUUCAGCCUCAUCACUGGGACAAAAUUGGACAGCUCUGGGGUGGCGUUUGCAGUGGUGGCUGCCUGCCAGGUCCUGGGUCUGAAGGACGUCCACCUGGCCCUGUCCGAGGACCAUGCAUGGGUGAUCUUUGGAAAAAAUGGUGAGGAAACAGCCGAGGUCACCUGGCACGGCAAAGGCAACGAGGACCGUCGAGGACAAACAGUUACUGCAGGAGUCAGCGAGAGGAGCUGGUUGUACCUGAAGGGCUCCUACAUGAAAUGUAACAGAAACAUGGAGGUGGCCUUCAUGGUUUGUGCCAUCAACCCCUCACUGGACCUGCACACUGACAGCUCUGAGCUGCUGCAGCUGCAACAGAGGCUGCUGUGGCUGCUCUAUGAACGAGGAGACCUAGACAGAUAUCCAAUGGCCAUGGGCACCCUGGCAGACCUCGAGGACCAGGAUCCCAUCCCAGGCAAGGAAAGCCCCCUCAAAAUCCACCUCAAAGCUGUGAGUUCUGCUCAGAAGUACUACAACAACGAGCACAUCUACCCCUUCAUGUACCUGGCUGGCUUUCAUUACAGACACAGGAACGUCCGGGAGGCACUGAGGUCCUGGGCAGAAGCAGCUCAGGUCAUGCAGGACUAUAACUAUUUCCGUGAGGACGAAGAGAUCUACAAGGAGUUUUUUGACAUCGCCAAUGACGUCAUCCCCACCCUGCUGAAAGAGACGGCGUUGGCGGCUGAAAAUGCCGGGGAGGCAGGAGAGGGAGGCGAGGGACCUGAUAAGGACCAGCCCAAGCAAGCUGCGGCCCUCUCAGCCCUACAGGACCCAGAAUGCUUUGCCCACCUGCUGCGCUUCUAUGACGGCAUUUGUAAAUGGGAGGAGGGCAGUCCCACGCCUGUGCUACAUGUUGGCUGGGCCACCUACCUGGUCCAGUCUCUCAGCCGCUUUGAGGCACAGGUGCGUCAAAAGGUGUCGAUCAUCACCAAGGAGGUAGAGUCCCAGGAUGAUGAUGACCAGUCCAGUGAUGACCCACGGGAGGGCCGCAGACGAGGCCCAAGGAGGGAGUCCAAGCUGGAGGAGCAGAGCUCCCUUCCUGCUCCUGCUCCACUGGCCUCCACCUCCCCUCCCACCCAGCCAGCAGCCCAGCCCAAGAAGGUGGGAGAGGUCGGGGGCCGCAGACGCUCCUCCCAGGGCUUGCGGGCCGGAGACGCCGAAGGAAAGUCGCCGAGCCCAGACCCGUCGUCUUCGCCCCCGUCCCAGCAGCAUCCCUCCCCCUCGGCAGGCCCGGUCGUGGUCUUUCAGAGUGAAAAGAUGAAGGGCAUGAAGGAGCUGCUGUGUGCGGCCAAGGUGAACUCCAGCGCCAUCAAGCUGCAGCUCACCGCCCAGUCGCAGGUGCAGAUGAAGCGUCAGAAGAGCACACCUCCAGGGGAUUACUCCAUGUCCUUCAUGAAGCGCCAGCGCAAAUCGCUGUAGACUUGUCACUUGUCGUAGGAGUUGUUAAGACUUGGUAGGACAAUAGUUCCGUUGUACUGUGAAAGGCAACACAGGCACUCACGAAAACACAUCCACCUCGCUUUUGUUUGUGAAUGUUUCUACUAGUGUUUUCAUCCUGAAGUUCCUUUCAGUCAUCAGCCUCGUAAUUUCUUGCGAUAUAUUUUCUUUGCACACAUGAUUUUGAGUUGAACAUCACAUCAUCAAGCUUGAACUGAAGUAGAGACCAUUUCAUUUCAUCUCUAAUUCGUUAAUGACUGCCUCGAUUAAGAUUGUAAACCUACAAUUGUGGUCAGUUUGCUGUUCACAUGGGCAGGCAGUUGCGCGUUAAAUGUUAAAUUAUCAUUGACUUGUGUGUUGAGUUUUGAAGUUCUGAAAGCCAAAGCAAUGUGGAAGAUCAGCACUUGAAAUAUGUUUUUACAAGUGUGUAAAUAUCAAGUUGCACCAUUAUGAACCAUUCAUUUUCUCCGCCAUUCAUCAGUUUGACUGAAGCCUUUGGAAGUGAUUUAUUUAGGAUAGUUACCAUGUAACAUUGUCCACUUCUGCUCUAUUAAUAGCUUAUCUCUUGCUAGCUAUAUGUUGCCUUACUUUGCCUGUUAUUUUCUAAUGUAGGUGGCCUUUAGAUGUGAGGAUAGCUGAGGUAGGCCAAUUUCUAAUUAGAGAAAACAAGAAAGACCAUGCACUGUUGAAAGGGAACCACUAAAGUGGUCCUGCUAUGUUGUAUUUGCUUCAUAACUUUUUUUUUUUUUUUUUUUUUUUUUUUUUUUUAAACUGCAGGUAAUAAAGAUCUGAUGAAAAUGUGA